AACAUAUUUUUACUAUUUUACUUUUGAUGUCUCUGAUGCUUAUUUUAUGCGCAUGACUCUUUAAAGGGAAAGGGAGGCUGGCUAUUUUGCUUUUUUCCCCUCACCUCUGCUCACAUAAACCCCUAGUCUUCUGCGUUUUUGCUACUCUGCAUCAAUAUCUAACCAUAUUGGUACCAUAAUCCUAAUAGGUUAUGGCCAUAUUUUCUAAUAAAUGGAGUCUGCGCUGAUGACGCCAGCCAAACUGGUUCUGGAUGGUCCUUGGGUGGGUGCAGAACCUCCUGGGAAGCCACAGCCACUGGACCAGGCUGCCCAGCCUCUUCCUGAGACUCACCACUCUGACCAGCAUUUAUUGCAGACACAUGAGAAAGAAUGGUGUUAAGCAAAUCUCUUUUACUUGCCCGACGUGCCACUGGUGGGCUAGCAGCGGGGGCAGCAGCCGCUCAAAGCUGAUUUUCCAGUGAGCUAAUCUUGGCUAAAAGUGUAUUAUAAUCAUCUGCAGAGAUGCCCUCAUCAUCUGAUGAAGAACUGCUGGGGGGUGGAGCACGCUUCGCCACCAUCUUUCAAGCUGGGCCCUUGCCCUUUGGAAAGUUGACUGGGGCUCUGACGUAUAGCAUUUACUGUUCCCUACCUAAUUAGCAGACUCAGAUAGGUAAACCUGAGUCCCCUCUUGGGUGGUAAGGGCUGUAUACAAAUGCUGUAACAAUAAUAAUAAUAAUAAUAAUAAUAAUAAUAAUAAUAAUAAUAAUAAUAUACAAAUAAUGGACAAUUUGGACAGAAAAACAAGAAAACUCAUGACCAUUCAUCAUUCACUGCACCCUCGCAGUGAUGUUGACCAUCUAUAUCUGCCUAGAAGAUCUGGUGGCAGAGGACUCUUACAAGUAAAACAAGCAGUCAAAGAAGGAGAACAUACCCUGGCAGAAUAUGUAAAGCAAAGUGAAGAACCUGCUUUGAUUGAAGUCAAAAAUCAGAAACUCCUCAAAGCACAACAGACAAAAAACCAGUACAAGAAAACUGCACUACAAACUAGAGCUGACAGCUGGCACAACAAAACAUUGCAUGGAAAGUUUCUUGACAAAAUUGAAGGAAAAGCUGACAAGGAGAACACCUGGCUAUGGCUCACGAAUGGGACCCUGAAGAAGGAGACAGAAGGCCUGAUCCUUGCAGCCCAGGAGCAAGCCAUCAGAACAAAUGCAAUUAAGACCAAGAUCGAAAAAUCAGCUGAUGACCCAAAAUGCAGACUGUGCAAGGAAGCUGACGAAACCAUUAAUCAUAUCCUCAGCUGUUGUAAGAAAAUCGCACAGACAGACUACAAACAGAGGCACAACUAUGUGGCCCAAAUGAUUCAUUGGAACUUAUGCCUCAAGUACCACCUCCUAGCAAUAAAGAACUGGUGGGAACAUAAACCUGCAAAGGUCGUGGAAAAUGAACACGCAAAGAUACUGUGGGACUUCCGAAUCCAGACUGACAAAGUUCUGGAACAGAACACACCAGACAUCACAGUUGUGGAAAAGAAAAAAGUUUGGAUCAUUGAUGUCGCCAUACCAGGUGACAGUCGCAUUGACGAAAAACAACAGGAAAAACUCAGUCGCUAUCAGGACCUCAAAAUUGAACUUCAAAGACUCUGGCAGAAACCAAUACAGGUAGUCCCAGUGGUGAUCGGCACACUGGGUUCCGUGCCAAAAGAUCUCAGCCGGCAUUUGGAACCAACAGAUAUUGACAAAAUCACGAUCUGCCAAUUUCAAAAGGCCACCCUACUGGGAUCUGCGCACAUCAUCCGAAAAUACAUCACACAGUCCUAAACACUUGGGGAGCGUUCAACUUGUGAUUUUGUGAUACGAAAUCCGGCAUAUCUAUCUUGUUUGCUGUAUCAUACAAUGUCGUUGUGUCAAUAAUAAUAAUAUGCGAUUUGAUUAUAAAUAAAUAGAUUGAACCGUUCCCGAAUUCAUUACCGCCGUAUUAACCCAUUUGGAUUUACUUCAUUAUUAAAAGAGUUAAUUUAAUCAAUUCAUUAACUUAAUACUAAUUAAUGGAGGAGGAGGCAAAUCACUCUCCUCCCCCAGCUUUGCUGGUGGAGGAAAGCCCCUUAUUACAAAAGCUGGUUUAUUCUAUAGAUCAAUAAUAUACUAUAUCCCUCAUAGUGAUUGCAUGUCUAAAGUUAUCACAAUACCAGAGUGUUUUUGGAAGUGCAAUGUUGAGAAACCUGUCCUUCCUGAUGCUAAUAGAUAGAACUCCCAUUAGUCCUAGCCAGCAGGGCUAAAGGUCAGGGAUCAUGUAAACUAGUCUAACAACGUCCAGAAAACCACAGGUUCUUCAUUUCUGUAACAUUGACUAUCCAGCCCUGAGAGGAUCAGGCUAUUGAGCAAAACAACUUGAGCACCAUCUAGAGCAGGUCUUGAACUUUUUCCACUUCCCAUCCUUUUUUGCAUGAUAUAUUUUUAUGCGACCCUGGGUAUAUAGGUCUAUGAAAUUGUUGUGCAAAUCAAACAUUUACUGAUAAUAAAUGGUAAAAUAAUUUAUUUUAAAACAGUUCAUUGUUUUACAUAUAAGUUUUCUAUUUAUUAAAGCUGAAAGCAAAUUUACAUACUAAUGACAUGGAUGUGUUUGUUUACUUUUGAAUAAAGAAUUAAUUCUUGGCUGAAUAUUUGAUACUGCAAGAUACACAGGAUCUUCAAAAUUUUAGGUUUGCAGCCUGAAGUGGAAGGAUAUACUCUGUUGGAGCUCCUUUCCUGUCUUUUCAUUAUGUGGCCAAAGUGCUUCAUCUUUGCCUCUACUAUCCUUCCCUCCAGUGAGCAGUCGGGUAUUAUUUCAUAGAAUCAUAGAAUAGUAGAGAUGGAAGAGACCUCACGGGCCAUCCAGUCCAACUCCCUGCAAGAAGCAGGAAAUCGCAUUCAAAGCACCCCCGACAGAUGGCCAUCCAGCCUCUGCGUAAAACCCUCCAAAGAAGGAGCCUACACCACAGUCUGGGGGAGAGAGUUCCACUGCCGAACAGCUCUCACAGUGAGGAAGUUCUUCCUGGAGUAUGACCCAUAAUUUAAGAACCUUUGAUCUAGAGAACACAAAUACUGAACAGCAACUGGCCACCUUUAAUCAAGAUAUUCACUAUAAAUGUAGGAAGGAUCCCACUAUGUAACACAAUUUUUGUUUCUGAGUUAUAAAUGUCAUUUCCUAAUUGGUUUUAUCAAAAAAUGUAGAAAAGGUUUAUUAAACUGCAAAAACUUUGUUUUUGCGGGACAUCCAUCAUUCUAUCAUUUUUGGGUUGUAUCCCAGCACUGCUUUAGCAAUUUUAUUAUCAAUUAUGAAGGCUACUCCAUUUCUUCGGUGUUCCUCUUGUCCACAGUAGUAGAUCUGGUGGUCAUCUAUUGUGAAGUGGCCCAUUCCUGUCCAUUUCAGUUUACUGACCCCCAGAAUGUUACACCAUAUUACACCGAUUCUGAAACAACUGCAUUGGCUACCAAUAGAACAUCGGAUCUCUUACAAAAUACUGGUCCUGACAUUUAGAGCUCAAAAUGGCCAAGGACCAUUAUAUCUCAGGGACCGCCUCAUUCCUUUCUUCCAUCAGUGGUCACCUCGACCCUCCCAGGAAAAUCUCCUAUACGUACUGGGCCCAAGGGAGGUACGCCUGGAAGCCACAAGGCGUAGAGCCUUUUCGACCUAUGCUCCAAUUCUGUGGAACUCAUUGCCUCCAUAUGUUAGAGCAAUGUCGGAGUUGCGACCCUUUGGAAAAGCGCUCAAGACUUGGCUGUUUGGUUGUGCAUUUAAGUGAAUCAGAUCUAAUUUGCCGAAUAGUCACUGUUGAAUGUUUUUAGGUUGAAUGUUUUUAUGUUGAAUGUUUUUAUAUUGAAUGUUUUUAUGUUGAAUGUUUUUAUGUUGAAUGUUUUUAUAUUGUGGAAUGAUAUUUUAAAUUGUAAGUUGCUCGGAGCACUCUGGUGGACAGCGACUAAUUAAGAAAUAAAGUGAAAUGAAGUGAAGAAUGUCAAUUUGUUUAAUAGUUUAAUUAAUAGUCACAAAUGGAACCAGACUAUUUUGUUGAGCAACUUAUUUGCAGAAAUUUGGCUCUAGCCAUCUGAAAAGAGGCUUUGCUCUUCUAAGGAAUUUCUCUUCCUGGUUUGGACUGAAAUUUGAAUCCAGAUUUAUUCUUAUUCAUGGGCUCUAAUUGUGCAUUGGCAUUACACUUAACAUAUUUUAUUCCAAUUCUUUGAAUUCCAGUUAUUAUCAUGGAUUUAAGAGUUUCUCGGCACACACUGCCUUUAUUAGAAAGAACUUGUUCAGCAACCUGUUAUGGUUGACCUCUCUCCUUCACCGUAUCCUCUAUAAGUCUCAAGUGUAGGCUCGUAUUUCACAAGUGAUUGAAAAGGAUGUUUACUGAUAGAAACACCAUGACAACGUGAAGAUAUAAAAUGAGCUUUAGGUAAGCUAAGAGAGCAUCUAACAGGAGAGGCUUGGUUCCUUCCUUCCCUCUACAAGUUUCUUCUCAGAAGCUGAAUUCUGCAGUGAUGUGGCUCAUCUUGCUCAGUACUCUUGCUCCCCUGCUCCAGCUAGCCAAUGCAGAUGGUUCCAUUUCAGAUUCCAUGCCGUUUAUUCCUGCCCAACUAACCUACCUGUCCAGUGAGAAGCUGUGUAUGGAUUUGAAUCACAUGCAGAAAUCUGUAGUGCUUAACAUCACUUUGGAGACUAAAUUCACCCCACCAAUGAUACUGGAAAGAUUCAUCUGGUUUAAGGAACAGUUCAAAUGCCUCAGAUUCCCAGUGAGUCUUUGUGUUUCUGUGAUAGAUCUAGUCUGAAUGCAAGGUGGAAGAAGAACUAGGAUGUGUAGUAAAACAGCCCUAUGCUUAGUUUGUGCAAAUGAAUGACCUUAUAUCUGAAAUGGAAUAACUGAACUGCAGCAAUGUAAAGGGGGAUAAAAUGUGGCUCUCAACCUCUAUGGACUCAUCAAACUGCACUUUUCCUGGGCAAAAAAUGUGUGUGUGGAUUGCCUCCUUAAUGCUUCAGGACUAUCAAUUCGCUUUUAAAAUAGUUGUAGACCUCUCUCUGUUGUGUAACAGGGAAAACAGCAACAGCCUGCUUUUCCAAACCAAAAGAAGAGUUCCAGUUCCAACCACUUGUGUGUGUGUGUGUGUGUGUGUGUUUUUCAUUGUUUUGCAAUCAAGGCAGUUCUGCAAUCCUUGUGUAAUGUCAUGGAAUAUUCAAGAAUCCUCCAGCUCCACGGGGAACCAUUUUUACAACCUACAUUUCUUGAGAGAAAAAAGUUUUGUUUGCUCGUGAAUAGUAGAUGAGAUGUUGGACUGCAAAAAGAAAACCACGGAUAAGUCUAAAUAAAGCAAAAAUCCAUGUAAAGAGGGGCAGAUCUCUGAGAACGUGAUCUGUCAAGACUCAAAUGAGAUGUAAUUAUUGUCGCAAAAUUUGCCCUUGAUUGUUGCUGGAUUGUGGCCAUAGCUUUGGAUACAAGGGGACCAUUAACGCUUUGACCUUUCACUGUCCUGGCCAGAAUUCCUCCCUACAUAUACCUGCUGUUUGCAAUUGAAGCCUCCCUUCCUCUUGCCAAGGUCCCCAAAAGGAUUGUUUCCACCCACUAUGCCUAUUUAUUAAAGACACUCCGCUACACAAGAACAAGCUACGUGACAAACUUCACAUCUGCUUUGGCUGCCUGCCCAGGCAUAAGUGCAAUUGGAGAUUGUUGGGGCUCCUACUUUGCAAGCAUUAGCCAUAAAAUACAAAAGAGAAAGGGUUUUUUUUUAAAAAAAAACAUACGUGUUCAUUAGGUGUCAUUUUGUUUCUCAACAGCAGAAGUCCUCAAAACCAUUUCUCCCACCAGAUAAAGCAGUGCUUUCCUCUAUGUUGUGUUACCCAUUUUAGAAAGAGAGGCAACUCUGAAAUCUCCAAUCAAGUCUUGUUUUGCUAUCACUGCCAUGCAAGCAUCAAGAGGAAGUAAUUAGCUGAAUGUGGAUAAGAGGAAAUAUCUCCCAAGUGGCAGUUAUUAUAAGUGCGUACUUAACACAGCUCUUUGGAAAUACUGAAAGCAUACUCUGUGGUGUCACUAGGGUUCAUCACCUGGAGUAGUAAUUCAUGAUGUUAUCCCCAUCCCAAAUGAGCAGGUGGCACAGAACAAAUGAAACGUGUCACAAUGAAAGGAAAAGGAAGCAGUAAAAAAUUAAGACACAGCACUGUAGGCAGCAUGGGGGAGGAAGUGCAUGGGACUUUAGGAGUUACUGUGGAUGAGGAAUGAGCUAGGAGUAUUUUUACAAAAACUGCUACAUAUCUAAAGAAACACUGGAUUAAAUGUUAUAGACCAGGGGUCCCCAAACUAAGGCCCAUGAGCCGGAUGCAGCCCUCCAACAUGCUUUACCCAACACCUACCCUAAACUUUAGACCAAUGGUUCUCAACCUUCCUAAUGUCACAACCCCUUAGUAAAGGUCCUCAUGUUGCAGUGACCCCAAACCAUAAAAUUAUUUUUGUUGCCACUUCAUAACUGCAAUUUUGUUACUGUUAUGAAUCGUAAUGUAAAUAUCUGAUAUGCAUGAUGUAUUUUCAUUCCCUGGACCAAAUUUGGCACAAAUACCUGAUAUGCCUAAAUUUGAAUGCUGGUGGGGUUGGAGGAAUUGAUUUUGUCAUUUAGUUGCUGGGAUUUAUAGUUAACUUACACUCAAAGAGCAUUCUGAACUCCACCAACAAUGGAAUUGAACCAAACUUGGCACACAGAACUCCCAUGACCAACAGGAAAUACUGGAAAGGUUUGACAGGCAUUGACUUUGAGUUUUUUUGAUUUGGAGAGUUCACCUAUAUCCAAGGAGCACAAAGAUAGAUCUGGACCAAACUUGGCAUGGAUACUCAAUAUGUCCAAAUGUAAACGCUGGUGGAGUUUGGGAAAGAUACAUCUUGACAUUUGGGAGUUGUAGUUGCUGAGAUUUAUAAUUCACUUAAAAUCAAGGGGCCCCCUUGAACCCCACCAAUGAUAGAAUUAGGCCAAACAGGCAGAGAGAUCUUCAGCCUUUUCUGUCAAAGGGGUUCCUAAGACCAUCAUGUGUCUUCUGAUGGUCUUUGGCGACCCCUCUGACACCCCCUCAUGAACCUCCCAGGGGUCCUGAUGCCCAGGUAGAGAAACACUGCUUUAGACUUAGGAUCACCUUAAAUCUGAAACGACGUAAAAGCCCACAACAACAAUCCUAGUUGACUUGACUAUUAUCAGGGGCUCUAUGCAGUUACAAAACUCCUGUUCUUGUGGAAGUGACUCUGCUUGUUCCGGUUAAGGGACCAGGUAUCCAAAAACACAGUUGUAGUGGUCUUCUACUCAAACAACAAAACAUAGAGAGACUUUUCUUUCCCAAAUACGCAGGAAGGCUCCUUCAUUGCAGCAGUAUACAACGUAUAUACAAACUUUACAGCUUCUUCUUUCUCACUACUCAAAGCAGUAAUUCUUCAAAUCACCAUCUGUCCCUCAGCAACCCUCAUCAAACUUACUCAGUACAACUACAACCUAUAUAUUACUCUCAUACAUUAACCACCAAACAGUGGCUUAACUCUUUUACUGGUGGUUAAGGUAGGUAAAGGUUUUCCCCUGACAUUAAGUCCAGUCAUGUCUGACUCUGGGGGUUGGUGCU